CCGAAUGGGCCAUUAUUAGUGAGAAGUCCCAUUUGCUACUAAAUACCUCACUCUAUGGUGUUUAUUGGUGUAUGCGUGUGACGUAUUACAUUAAUGGAAAUUAUUGUUUCAUGAUAAAGACUCUUUACGUGAGGCAGACUUAUUAGGCUCAGCUGAUCCUCGUUUUGUGGGAAACGAGUGUCGGUGAAAUGAAAACUCGCAGACGCGCCACACAUCAUCAUCAUGUACCAUUAUUAUUUACUGUACAGUACUGGUUGGUAGUAGAGUACAUCCAGAACGGUUCCCGCGUCCCCGAUUGGGUUAGAAGGCACGAGCCCCCCCCACCGCCCCACCCCGCGGCGCGGAGAGCUUCACACAAACACACACACACACACACACCAUGGCAUGUCAGUGGGAGUUUCCUGCGGGGACGCGCAAACAUCGGCGCGCUCACAGGACGGCAGUCCGGACUCGGUCUCGCAGCGCUCGUCUGCCCUCAGCACGUCCUCGCGAUCAUCAUCAUCAUGCAGCUGUAAAAAGUGCAAGAACGGCCGCGCGCGCCGAUCGAUCGCGUCUCUCCAAAGCGCCGCCAGUCGAGUCCUGCGUCAAAAGGGCUUUUUUCGGAAAGAAGAAGAACGAAGUUCGUCCUUCGUCGCGCUCGCGGGACACGAUGCGCCACUGCGCGCCUCUGCGCUCCCUCUCGUAACGUAACGCAGCUCCUCCUCACCCCCCCGGACUCGGGACACUUGGAGCGGCUGCCGCUGAGCGACUGCGCGCAAAGAAGCGGCCGCUGCUGCUGCUGCUGCUGCUGCUGCUGCUGCCCUGCGGGAGGCAUGUCGGCGCUGCGGAGGAAAUUCGGGGACGAGUACCAGGUGGUGAACACGAACCGCGCUGCCGUGUACGCGGCGCCCGCCAAGAAGAAGCGGCAGCGCUUCGUGGAGAAGAACGGCCGCUGCAACGUGCAGCACGGCAACCUGGGCGGCGAGACGAGCCGCUACAUCUCGGACCUCUUCACCACCCUCGUGGACCUCAAGUGGCGCUGGAACCUGCUCAUCUUCAUCCUCACCUACACCAUCGCCUGGCUCGUGAUGGCCUCCAUGUGGUGGAUCAUCGCCUACAUCAGGGGAGACCUGAACCGCGGCGACGACCCCUCCUACACGCCGUGCGUGGCCAACGUGUACAACUUCCCGUCCGCCUUCCUCUUCUUCAUCGAGACGGAGGCCACCAUCGGCUACGGCUACCGCUACAUCACCGAGAAGUGUCCGGAGGGCAUCAUCCUCUUCCUCUUCCAGUCGCUGCUGGGCUCCAUCGUGGACGCCUUCCUCAUCGGCUGCAUGUUCAUCAAGAUGUCGCAGCCCAAGAAGCGGGCCGAGACGCUCAUGUUCAGCCAGGACGCGGUCAUCUCGCAGCGCGACGGCAGGCUCUGCCUCAUGUUCAGGGUGGGCAACCUGAGGAACAGCCACAUGGUGUCGGCGCAGAUCCGCUGCAAACUCAUCAAGUCUCGUCAGACCCCGGAGGGCGAGUUCCUCCCGCUGGACCAGUGCGAGCUGGACGUAGGCUUUGGCACUGGAGCAGACCAGCUCUUCCUGGUUUCGCCUCUCACCAUCUGCCAUGAGAUCAACGGCAAGAGCCCCUUCUUCGACCUCUCCCAGCGCUCCCUCAUGAGCGAGCAGUUCGAGAUCGUCGUCAUCCUGGAGGGCAUCGUGGAGACCACCGGUAUGACUUGCCAGGCGCGGACCUCCUACACGGAGGACGAGGUGCUCUGGGGACACCGCUUCCUGCCCGUCAUGUCCCUGGAGGAGGGCUUCUUCCGCGUGGACUACUCGCAGUUCCACAGCACCUUCGAGGUGCCCACACCCUGCUACAGCGUCAAGGAGCACGAGGAGAAGGCGUCGCUGCGCUCGCCCGUCGUCACGCCCAGCCUGGCCGACGGCCGCGCGCGCAAAGACCGCAUCUUUUCGCUGGACUGCAUCGACGGCGCCGAGGAGCGCGGCAACCGGAUCGGCGGGCAGCAGCGCGCCAGCUCCGGGAGGGAGGGGCAGCGGCAGCGUCCGGAGCCGCGCGCGGGCCCCCAGCAGUCGGAGAGGGCCUCCAGCACGGGGGACCUGCCCUUGCAGCUGCAGCGCUUGGGCUCCGCGGCGGGGCGAGGCGAGCCUGGGGAGGGCCGCCACCUCGGCGCCCUGCAGGUGCGCUCCGUACCCAUGACCCAGUCCACCGGGGACCUGCUUCAGGCCCGACUGCCCCCGGCCCUCGUUCCGACUCCGCUCCCGCUGCCGCUGCCGGGGGCCCGGCCCGAGGACAGCCUGCCUCCCAAGCUGCGCAAGAUGAACGCUGAGCGCUGAGCGCCGAGCGCCGAGCGCCGACCUGCGACCGGCGGCUGCGGAAUGGACCUCGGAGACACUGAGCGGACCGCGAACGCAAAGACGCGUCAAAGUGAUGAAUCGAGGCACCGUCAGCGCUGCGAUUUAGCUUUGCUGUGUGUGUUUUCUGCCUGCACGAGAAACCCUCACGCUCUCUGUGAGCACGUCACCGAGGAGGACUGUUCGCCUCCCUAGACCAGUCCAGUCCGGUCCAGCCAAGCUCAGCCCAGCUCAGCCCAGCUCAGCCCAGUCCCCUCCCUGGGCCAUUUGAAUGAAAGUCCCUUGUACAAUAAACAUAUGGCACUGGACAUGCUUUCAAAAAGUGUCCUUGGUCCCCAUCAGUCCUUCAUCCCUCGCCACACUGACUCCAACUAGUGUAUUUCUGUUCGGUUACUCGUAUCUUGAUUUACUAUAAGCGUCUUAUUUACUAUAAGAGUCCAUUUUUUGGAUGAAAAAAUGUUGAAUUUCACCUCUAAUAUGUUCUGGUAAAUCAAAAGUCUUGUGUUUGUUUAUUUUUCACUUGAUUUACAACAUUUUGGCAGUUAAUGUACAUGUUUGUGGAGGCACCGUAAAAAGAAAAUGUAAUGGGUUCAGACUCCAGCAAAGUAAUAAAAAUGUAUGCGUAUUUGAGAAUAAGAAUAUUUCAUUGACAUUAUUCUCUCAGCUAAGCUCAAAACCACUGGUUCUGUCUGAAAUCACUUCUGCAGUUAUUUAAAUAUCACCUUUGUUACCUUCCCGGUGUUUAAGUGCACUGUGUUAUAAGGAGUAUAAUCAUGUAAUCGAUGUAUUUAAAAAGAAUUUAUAAAAGAGCCAUAUAGUCUAGUAAGUAUGACAAAUAGCCUGAAUAUGGGACCUGAAACCAGCCGAGAGAAUAUUGACCAGAUUCAACAGUGUGAAACAGAGUCCAAGAACAUGGUAACCCAAGUAUUUCCAGCAUCGGAUGUGGUUGUGUACUAUGACCAGGCUGGAAGCCAGACUGAAAUUUUUCAAGAGUAUUACAGUAUGUUGGUUGACGUAAAUCUGAAUUUACGAAGCUCCUUUCCUGUAAAGAUUUUUGGGGAGAAAAAUGACACGCUUGAAACUGGGAAGCAGGGCUCUAGUGACGUCAAUUUUAGAACCGUUUCUAACGUUACCAUAGAGUAAGGAAGUCUGAAUGAAAUUAACUAUUAACUUUAGGCGCUGGUAAUAAAACCACCCUGCAUAGCAGUGCCACACUUAGCGAGGCACCGGUCCCAUCCCCCUCCGCUCACGGAGCCCGAAGCAGGUGGCAUAAGCAACGCUCUAACGAUGUCCAAUUUAUUAUUGAAAAAAAUCAUCACUAUUGAAAAGGUCAUAAUUUGAAAAAGGAAGUACUAUUAAAUUGCCAAGGGGGGCGCAGUGGGUUGGACCGGGUGCUGCUCUCCGGUGGGUCCG